GAGCGCGAAUCACCUGUCACUCUCGCUCAAGCGCACCUGUUGCAUCGUUCUAGACUUUUAUCCUCACCUUUAUUUUUUUGUUUUUACACUUUUGUCUGUAUCAGCAAGGUCGCCUUGCCUACCCAAACCCCCCUCCCGUGUUUGGAGCAAAGUUCGCACCUGUGAGAAAACAGAUUGAGAUGGAGCCUUGAAGAAGAGUUUUCCUCAGGAGUUUCUGGAAACGAGAGGAAUUAUCGGCGAAGGACCGUAGAUUCUCUGUGCUGAGGGGUGGAUGUCGUAGAACAUGAAUGUUUUGGGGACCCCAACAAAACCAAGCAAUGGGGUGGCCAGAUCGGACAGCAAGAUCAGUGCCAAAACCCUGUUCGAGCAACGAAAGAAGUACUCAAACUCAAACGUCAUCAUGCAUGAGACGUCGCAAUACCAUGUGCAGCAUCUCUCUACAUUCAUCAUGGAUAAAUCGGAGUCCAUCGCUACAAUAGACGAUGCAAUUAAGAAGCUGAAGCUGCUGGACUCCAAAGACAAAAUCUGGACGCAGGAAAUGCUGCUGCAGGUGACAGACAAAUCCAUCAAACUCCUGGACUGCGAGACCCAGGAAGAGCUUGAAAACUUUCCUCUGCCGACAGUCCAUCACUGUCAGACGCUGUUGAACCAGACCACAUAUCCGUCCGUCCUUCUGCUCGUCUGUCAGGACAAUGGACAACACAAACCAGACAUCCACUUCUUCUACUGUGACGAAGUGGAGGCCGAGAUGGUGCAUGCUGACAUUGAUAGCGCUCUGGGAGACAACACACGUGGCAAGAAGACGCGACCGCAGACGCUAAAGCUGAACCAAGAAAAGAUGAAACGCCAACGGGAGAGCAUCAUCCCGCCCUCUGAGUCUAGAAGUCCAGGCCCUGGGGCCAAAGGUCGUGUAGCAGCUGCAGACAUGAGAGAUGAGAUGUCGAUGCAGGACCCCGAGUCAGAUAUGAAACUAGCGCAGCGGAUCGAGAAGGAUGUGCAAAUCCUGAACUGCUGUCUAGAUGACAUCGAGGUCUUCAUUGCACGUCUUCACAAAGCGGCAGAGGCUUUCGCGCAACUCAACCAGCGCAACAGGAGCAAGAAAAACAAGAAGAGAGGACCGGCAGAGGGAAUGCUAACUCUUCGAGCUAAACCUCCGUCAGAAGCCGAGUAUAUUGACUGUAUUCAGAAGCUGAAACUGUCUUUCAAUCUGCUGGCCAAACUGAAGAAACACAUUCAGAACCCCACUGCUGCAGAGCUCUUGCACUUCCUGUUUGGACCUCUGGAAAUGAUAUUGCAGACUUGUGGCAGUCCCGAACUGCUGCGUGCGGUCAUUGCUCCUCACCUGUCCCAGGAUGCUGUGAACUUCCUGAGAGGAUGCCUGACUCCCAAAGAGAUGACCACCUUUGAGUUGCUGGGAGACGGCUGGACGCGGCCCAGAGCUGAUUGGCCGAAAGAUCAGUGUGCUCCUCUGUACAUCCCAAAGUUCCGGAACGGCUGGCAGCCGCCAGUGGAACUCUUCCGCACGUCACCGUGGGAAACAGAGAGCGCCAGUGCAUUGAUGCAGACAGAACACAAGCCAAAAGAGUUCUAUGGAUCACUGUCAUCGCUGUCUUCAAACGGGUCAUUCUCGUCAGCUCCUGCUCCUGCUCCUGCGCCUUCUCCUCGCAAGUAUGCAAAGAUCCGCUACCACUUUGUGGCACGAAAUGCAAACGAGCUGUCGGUGCUUCAGGACGAAAUUCUGGAGGUGUUGGAGGAUGAUAAGCAGUGGUGGAAGUUGAGAAACCGAAGCGGACAGGCAGGAUAUGUGCCCUAUAAUAUCCUGGAUGUGGUAAAACUGGAGGAUCCUCAUGCUAUGAUUGACCCACCAUACAGUCCAGCACAACCUUACAGUCCGUCAUACCGAGGACAGUCGCCCUCCGGCUCACUGGGGAGUGAUAAAGACAGCAGAGGUCACACUCAACAGAUGGACAAAGUGAACGAUGAGCUGCUCAUGUUGAUCAGUGGCAAUAAGGUGCCUCAGCCCACAAGGAACUUUAAGGUGGUGCGUCAGGCGGCCGUCCCGCUGAUCUUUGACUCCAGCCCAGCCGAGGUCACCACCUGGCUCAACGCCAAGGGCUUCUCCAAACCGACAGUGGAACGUCUGGGCAUCCUGACCGGCGCUCAGCUCUUCUCUCUGAAUAAAGAGCACCUGAAGGCCGUGUGUGGAGACGAGGGAUCGCGCGUCUACAGCCAGAUCACCGUCCAGAAAUCACUACUAGAGAAGAGCCGUGGAGAUUCGGAAUUGCAGGAGAUUCUGAAAAAACAGGAAGAGAAAAUUGCAUCUGCCUAAUAAACACGCUCACAUGGACUGUCAAUCAAACGGUCACCUGGCAACCAUCAACCAAACCCACCAAUGAAGUUAGAUGACCGAUUUUGCCACACCGCCGACCAAACAUCUAAUCCCAUACAUUUUUUAAUUGUAUAUUUAUUAUUGGUGCUUUUUAUUAUUAGUGUACGCAUGGACCCUAUCGUAAUUUAUCCACAUACGCUAUCCUGUUCAUGCUGGAAAACACUUAGAAGCUUACUCUCUAUUGCAUGAAAACAAUGUAUCGGUGAAUCUCAUGAAAACGUGUACAGGUCACACUUCAAAAUUACAAUAAAAAAAUAUGAGCGAUAACAAUAAAAGACCGUUUUAGGAACAUUAACACUUAUUUUUGCAUUUGUCAUUUUUCAUGUCACGCAGCUGCUUAAAAUAAUGCAGAUAUUUUGAUUAAAAAAAUGAUUUAAAAAAAUUGAAAUAAAAAAUCUAUAUAUAAAAUCAGCAAAAUAAAAAAAGUAGUAUGACUUAUCACCUCAAAAUCAAAAGAAAAAUUAAAUUCUGAAAGAUUUUUUUGCAUUUCUGUCAUUUUAUCCACAACUUUUUAUGCACGUUUUGAGUUUUGUUAAUUUUCAGUGAUUCGUUUAAAAUAAAACAAGCAUAAAUGAAAAGCAAUACAAUUUCUAAUAUAAUUUCUAUAGUGUAUAAAUAAACAUUUUCUUGUGACAGUAACUCAAAAAUGAAUGUUUUAAUUUGAGGCGAAAUGCAAUAUGUAUUAGGACUGGGCGAUAUGGCCAAAAAAAAAAAAAAAAAAAAAAAACAAUUAUUAUU